AUGAUCUUUGAGGCGCUCAGACGACAUGGGACGAGAGCCGAUCUUCUCAUGUUGUAUCCACAGAAGUGGAAGGUGCCCAAAGACAUACUCGAUGACGACGCACCUCCAACCGACUAUGAAGGCACGCUGCUGGCUCAAGCUCGGGACCAGUAUCACGCAAAGCUGAACCCCAUCCAAGUAAGGACGUAUGUCAAUGAGAAGGAUGCGACGUGGCAAGACAGCUACACAAAACUGUUAGCAUGGAAUCAGACUCAGUACAAGCGCGUGAUUUCUUUAGACUCGGACGCGACGCUUUUGAAUCAUAUGGACGAGCUUUUCCUCCUUCCCACGGCUCCAGUGGCCAUGCCUCGCGCAUACUGGCUUGAACAAUUCUUCCUAUCGUCCCAACUCAUAGUUAUCGAGCCAUCGGAGGAUAGCUGGCAGCGGGUGCAAAGCGCAAUGGAACACCACGAGGGCCACGACUACGAUAUGGAUAUCUUGAACAAGGUGUUCGGUGCCUCGACUUCAGUGAUACCGCAUCGUAGAUACGAUCUUUUGACUGGUGAAUUUCGCCACCAGAUUGAUCAGCAUGAGGCCUACCUCGGCUCGCCGACAGAAAGAUGGAACGGACGGGAUGCGGUGAAAGAAGCCAAGUUCGUCCACUUUUCAGACUGGCCGCUGCCAAAACCGUGGUUGAACGCGACAGAGGACCAGGUCGCUAGACAACAACCGUCAUGCAGAUCGUUAUCAGAAGGCGAGUCGGAUUGUACAGACCGAGACGUGUGGUUGGAGCUUCGCAGAGACUUCUCGGAGCGACGUCUGCGGGUGUGUGGAAAGGCUUAUGACAACAUCUAG